UCUGAGUUUAGUCCUGGUUUAGUCUGAGUUUAGUCUGAGUUUAGUCCUGGUUUAGUUCUGGUUUAGUCCUGGUUUAGUCUGAGUUUAGUCUGAGUUUAGUCCUGGUUUAGUCCUGGUUUAGUCCUGGUUUAGUCCUGGUUUAGUCUGAGUUUAGUCUGAGUUUAGACCUGGUUUAGUCUGAGUUUAGUCUGAGUUUAGUCUGAGUUUAGUCCUGGUUUAGUUCUGGUUUGAACAUUUGAUUUGCAAAGGUCUGUCUACACAUUCUCAGUUUGUUUCCUGAAGAGGCAAAGUUGAGGGUUCAACGCCGACAGAGACAGACUCGUCCUUCUGGUCCGGACCUGGACUCACAGCAGGAGCAUAAACCGAAGAACAGCCGACAAUCUACAGAUGGAGGACAGGCUGAACUCAUCUUCUCGUCCCUCAAACCUGUCGUCGUCUUCAGACUUCAGGAGCGUCUUCACAGAGGAGGUCCUGCCCCCGCUCUACCUGGCCCUGUGCAUUGUGGGAUUGCUCCUGAACGCCGUGGCCUCCUUCGUGUUCUGCCGCGUGCCCUCUGACGCCGCCCUGGUGGUGUACCUGAAGAACAUGCUGCUGGCCGACCUCCUCAUGCUCCUCUGCUUCCCCUUUAAACUCCUGGCCCAGCUCGGGGUGGGAGGCUGGAGACUGCACGUGAUCAUGUGCAGGUUUGUGAGGGUCUUGUUUUACUUCUCCAUGUACACUGGAAUCAUGUUUAUGGGUCUCAUCAGUUUGGAACGAUACGCCAAGAUCGUCCGAAACUCCCAACCCACCGUGUGA